CUCAUUUAGCCGCAAGAAGUUCUCCGGUUUGUAACUGUUCAAACUGAAUUAAACGAUGUCUAGCCAAGACUUGCGGACUCACUUCAAGUGAGAGCUGCUUCUGCAAUAGCGGUGUAAAUGAAUGAUGAGCCACGGCGUUCAUUGAAAACAGACCAUCCUCGGGAAGCCCACCAUGCCACCAGAGGAGCAGCCUCGCCAGAGGAAGAAAUCCUCCAAGAAAUCCAAAUCCAAGAAGGGCAAAGGGCAUGCCAGUGGGUCUCUUGACCGCCUAGGGGGCUCCUUCGAUGGGCAGGAGGAUCUACCGGUGCCCCUGGUCCCGGCUCCGGCCUCCAGGAAGCCGGUGAAGGAGGAGGCGAAGCCAGCGGAGGAGUCCUCAGUAGCGAUCUGCCUGCAGGUGGUGUUCCCCUACCUGCUGGCUGGGAUGGGCAUGGUGAUGGCGGGCAUGGUGCUGGACAGUGUGCAGCACUGGGAGGUGUUCAGGGUGAUCACGGAGGUGUUCAUCCUGGUUCCUGCUCUGGUGGGGCUGAAGGGGAACCUGGAGAUGACCCUGGCUGCACGCCUCUCCACUGCUUCUAACACGGGCCAGCUGGACGACCCAGCCCAGCAGUGGAUUCUGGUGAGCAGCAACCUGGCUCUGAUCCAGGUCCAGGCCACGGUGGUGGGCUUCCUGGCCGCGCUGGCGGCCGUGGCGCUGGGGGCGGUGUCUCGGGGAGGGGUGGAUCUGGACCAGGCGGCCGUGCUCUGCGCCAGCAGCAUCGUCACAGCCUUCGUAGCGGCGCUCUCUCUCGGCCUGGUGAUGAUUGGUGUGAUCCUGGGCUCCAGGAAGGUGGGCAUCAACCCAGACAACGUGGCCACGCCCAUCGCCGCCAGUCUCGGUGACCUCAUCACCCUGUCUCUGCUGGCCACUGUCAGCUCCACACUGUUCCAGUAUAGAGGUGUGUGGUACCUGUCUCCCCUGGUGUGUGUGCUGUUCCUGGCGAUGCUCCCUGUGUGGAUGAAGCUGGCCAGGCGCAGCCCUCAGAUCACAGAGGUGCUGCGUUCAGGCUGGCAGCCUGUCAUAGUGGCCAUGUCUAUCAGCAGUUUUGGAGGUCUGAUCCUGGACCAGACAGUGAGUGAUCCUAAGUUCGUGGGCAUGGCUGUCUUCACCCCGGUCAUCAACGGGGUGGGGGGGAACCUGGUAGCUAUCCAGGCCAGCCGGAUCUCUACCUACCUGCACUACUGGAGUCUACCUGGAGUCCUGCCCUACAGCAUGAGACAGCACUGGCCCAGCCCCUUCAUCACCUUCCUGUCCCCAGGUGUGAACUCCAAGUCGGCGCGUGUCCUCUUCCUAUUGGUGAUUCCGGGUCACCUGGUGUUCCUCUACGCCAUCUCUCUGCUGCAGGGAGGACACAUGACCAUCUCGGUGUUCUUCACCUGCUGCUACCUCUGUGCUGCCCUGCUGCAGGUGGGCAUCCUGCUGUACCUGGCUGACCUCAUCGUGCGUCUGAUGUGGAGGCGGAGCCUGGACCCAGACAACUUCUCUAUACCCUACCUGACGGCGCUGGGCGACCUGCUGGGAACCGGCUUCCUGGCCCUCUGCUUCCGCUCUGUCUCAUUGGUCCAGGACCUGGAACCCUAACUGGCUCUGCCUCACCUGGAGACCUGGAGCUGAACACUGAUUGGCUGAUUUUCUUUUUGCAUAAUUGUCUCCUGGCAGGUUAUGCACCUGUGUCGCCGCCCGUCUCUGGGGGAGCAGGACUGAACUGCUCCACGCCCGUCUCUGGGGUAGCAGGACUGAACUGCUCCACGCCGUUUUUUGGGGGACUUUUUCGUUGUGUUGUUUGAGGGUUCGGGUUUUACGUUUUAUUUAUUUGACAACUCACCUGGAGGCUGUUAAACCUGGGGACCUGUGACUGGAACAGCUGUUACACCUGGAGACAUUACAGCCGUCCUCCUCAGAAUGUUUUAAAAAGCACAGAUGAUGGUGCCACCUUGUUCUGAUAACGUGUGUGUGUGUAUUACUACAUACACACAAGGCCUGGGAGUGUGUGGACUAACAGCCUGUGUUUGAGAUCUACCAGGCAUCACCACACACUGCAUUAAACUCUCUCCUUUA